AAGAAGGAGACGCAGUGCAAAGAGAAAUCAAUCUCCCCAAGAAAAAUGGAGGAGCAAAGUCUCUUGUCGCCAUGUUUCUCCCGAACACUUCGCUCCAUCUCUCUCUCUUCUCUUACAUUUUCUUCACACCCUCAUUUCUCUCAUUGUCUUUCCUCCUCAUUCCCCUUUCCGCCAUGGAUAUCAACAACAACCACCAUCACUCCGACAACGACAACGACGACGACGACGACGACGACGCUCUCUCCGCCAUGAGCUCCGUUCCUCCUCCUCGAAAAAUCCAUUCUUAUAGCCACCAGCUUCGUGCCACCGGUCAAAAAGGCCAUCACCACCGUCAACGUCAGCACAGUCUCGACGAUAUCCCUAAAAUCACUGAAAUCAUCUCUAGCUGCGGUAUCUCCGGUGAUUCUUCCGAUGACGAGUUCUAUCCUUACGCCGCCACCACAAAUUCCUCAUCUUUCCCUUUCACCGGAGGAGGAGGAGGUGAUAUAGGAGAUUCCGAUGAUUACUUGAUCACUCACCAGCCUGAGAUCGGAGAAGAUUUUCAACCGCUCCCUGAGUUUUUAGGAUCUGGAGGCGGCGUUGGAAUGUUCAAAGUACCGACGCGGUCUCCUUUGCACUCUGCGCGCCCUCCUUGUUUAGAGUUGAGACCACAUCCGUUAAAAGAGACUCAGGUUGGGAGAUUCUUGAGGAACAUUGCUUGUACGGGGACGCAACUGUGGGCUGGACAAGAGAGUGGUGUUAGAUUUUGGAACUUUGAUGAUGCCUUUGAGCCAGGUUGUGGUUUAAGUGAUCGUGUACAGAGAGGUGAUGAGGAUGCUGCUCCGUUUCAUGAGUCGGCUAGUACUUCACCCACCACGUGUUUGAUGGUUGAUAAUGGGAAUAGGCUUGUUUGGAGUGGUCACAAGGAUGGAAAGAUUCGUUCUUGGAAUAUGGAUUAUGAGGUUGAUGAUUGUGAUGAUUCUCCUUUUAAGGAAGGUCUCUCUUGGCAAGCUCACAAGGGUCCUGUCAAUUCUGUUAUCAUGAGCUCUUAUGGCGAUUUGUGGUCAUGUUCGGAAGGUGGUGUGAUAAAGAUAUGGACUUGGGAAUCUAUGGAGAAAUCACUUUCGCUUAGGUUGGAGGAGAAACAUAUGGCUGCUUUGUUGGUGGAAAGGUCAGGAAUUGAUCUUAGGGCUCAAGUUACUGUCAACGGAACUUGCAAUAUAUCUUCCUCUGAAGUCAAGUGUUUGUUAGCUGAUAAUGUAAGAUCUAAAAUUUGGGCUGCUCAGCUUCAAACCUUCUCCUUAUGGGAUGGUCGUACAAAAGAGCUACUGAAAGUGUUCAAUACAGAAGGUCAGACUGAAAACAGGGUUGAAAUGCCAUCAGGACAGCAGGAUCAACCUGCGGAAGAUGAGACGAAGACGAAAAUUGCAUCCACUUCGAAAAAGGAAAAAUCGCAUGGAUUCUUGCAACGCUCAAGGAAUGCAAUAAUGGGAGCUGCAGAUGCUGUUAGAAGGGUUGCAACAAGAGGAGGAGGGUCAUGUGAAGAUGCCAAGAGAACAGAAGCGAUGGUUUUAGCCGGGGAUGGCAUGAUUUGGACUGGAUGCACAAAUGGAUUGCUUAUACAAUGGGACGGAAAUGGAAACCGUUUACAAUACUUUCGUCACCAUCAGUGUGCUGUUUUGUGUUUCUGCACUUUUGGGGAAAGAAUAUACAUUGGUUAUGUUAGUGGUCACAUCCAGAUUAUUGAUCUUGAAGGCAAUCUAAUCGCGGGAUGGGUUGGACAUAAUAACGCAGUGAUAAAGAUGGCAUCAGCUGAUGGCUACAUUUUCAGCUUAGCCACUCACGGUGGUAUACGUGGAUGGCAUGUGAUUUCUCCUGGGCCUCUUGACGGGAUUAUAAGGUCGGAAUUGGCUGAGAAAGAACGGACAUAUGCACAGACGGACAGUGUUAGGAUUCUGAUUGGUUCAUGGAAUGUUGGCCAGGGAAAAGCUUCUCAUGACGUAGGAGGAAAUGAAGGGAGUACAAUAGGGCAGUACUGGAUAGAUACAAUAGGGAAGACCUUAGACGAAAAAGCAGUUUUUGAACGCAUGGGAUCGAGGCAAUUAGCGGGUUUGCUCAUAUCACUUUGGGUGAGGAAGAAUCUAAGAACUCAUGUAGGCGAUAUUGAUGUUGCAGCGGUUCCAUGUGGUUUUGGACGCGCAAUAGGAAACAAGGGAGGUGUAGGUUUGAGAAUUAGGGUGUUUGAUCGGAUUAUGUGCUUCAUCAACUGUCACUUGGCCGCACAUCUAGAAGCUGUAAACCGCAGGAAUGCUGAUUUUGAUCACAUCUACAAAACAAUGUCCUUCACCCGGUCAUCAAGUGCUCAUAAUGCACCAGCCGCUGGUGUGUCUACCAGUUCUCAUACUACAAAGAGCGCAAAUAAUGUAAACGUAAAUACAGAAGAGACAAAACAGGACCUAGCAGAGGCGGACAUGGUUGUAUUUUUUGGUGAUUUCAACUACCGCCUCUUUGGUAUAUCAUAUGAUGAAGCUAGGGACUUUGUCUCACAAAGAAGCUUUGAUUGGCUUAGAGAAAAAGAUCAGCUCAGGGCAGAGAUGAAAGCUGGAAGAGUUUUUCAAGGAAUGCGUGAAGCCAUCAUUACUUUCCCUCCAACUUAUAAGUUUGAAAACUCCUCACACAUUCUGCAGAAUGUAAACGUAAAUACAGAAGAGACAAAACAGGACCUAGCAGAGGCGGACAUGGUUGUAUUUUUUGGUGAUUUCAACUACCGCCUCUUUGGUAUAUCAUAUGAUGAAGCUAGGGACUUUGUCUCACAAAGAAGCUUUGAUUGGCUUAGAGAAAAAGAUCAGCUCAGGGCAGAGAUGAAAGCUGGAAGAGUUUUUCAAGGAAUGCGUGAAGCCAUCAUUACUUUCCCUCCAACUUAUAAGUUUGAAAGACACCGGCCUGGGUUAGGAGGGUACGAUUCAGGUGAGAAAAAGCGGAUCCCUGCAUGGUGUGACAGAGUAAUAUACAGAGACACACGUACGAGUCCGGAAUCUGAAUGCAGUUUAGACUGUCCUGUUGUUGCUUCAAUUAUGUUGUAUGAUGCUUGUAUGGAUGUGACGGAAAGUGAUCACAAACCGGUCCGUUGCAAAUUCCAUGUGAAGAUAGAGCAUGUCGAUAGAUCAGUUAGGAGACAAGAGUUUGGUAGAAUCAUCAAGACCAACGAGAAAGUCAAAGCGUUGCUCGAUGACUUACGUUAUGUACCAGAGACAGUUGUUAGCAGCAACAACAUCGUUCUUCAGAACCAAGACACCUUCGUGCUUCGCAUCACCAAUAAAUGCGUCAAGGAGAACGCUGUGUUUAGGAUCUUAUGCGAAGGGCAGAGUACGGUGAGAGAAGACGAAGACACGCUUGAGUUACAUCCAUUAGGCUCAUUCGGUUUCCCACGGUGGCUCGAGGUAACGCCAGCUGCAGGAACUAUAAAACCGGAUAGUUUCGUGGAGGUAUCGGUUCACCAUGAGGAAUUCCAUACAUUAGAAGAGUUUGUAGAUGGAAUCCCUCAAAAUUGGUGGUGUGAGGACACACGGGAUAAAGAAGCAAUACUUGUGGUGAAUGUACAAGGAGGUUGUUCGACUGAGACUGUGUGCCACCGGGUCCAUGUUCGUCACUGCUUCUCGGCUAAAACUCUUAGGAUCGACUCCAAUCCAUCUAAUUCCAAAUCCCAGAGUUUGAAGAAGAAUGAAGGAGACUCUAAAACUCAGAGUAGUAAGAAGAGUGAUGGAGAUUCCAACUCGAAGUCGUCAAAGAAGAGUGAUGGAGAUUCCAAUUCAAAGUCUUCAAAGAAGAGUGAUGAAGACUCCAACUCCAAGUCUUCAAAGAAGAGUGAUGGAGACUCCAACUCUAAGUCCUCGAAGAAGAGUGAUGGAGACACCAACUCUAAGUCCUCGAAGAAGGGUGAUAAAGACUCCAACUCCAAGUCCUCAAAGAAGAGUGAUGGAGACACUAGCUCCAAGUCUCACAAGAAAAGCGAUGGAGAUUCGAGCUCCAAGUCUCAGAAGAAGAGCGAUAAAGACUCCAGUUCCAAGUCUCAGAAGAAGGGCGAUGGAUACUCCGGUUCUAAGUCUCAAAAGAAGAACAAUGGAGACUCAUGUUCCAAGUCUCAAAAGAAGAACGAUGAAGAACUUUCAAGCUCAUACAUGUCGCAGAGUGGGAAGAAAAAUGAUAACUUGUCAACGGGAGAGGAGAGCCUGAAUGGCCACAGCAAACGUUGACUUUGUCUUUUGAUAAAAAAAUCAGGAAAUUGUUUUGAGAGUAAAUUUAUUACAAAUACCAACCUAUUUAAAACUGUAAAUUUUGUCCAUGCUCACUAGCUUGUUUGUAUUUUACAUCAGUUACCAACACUUUCUCCCUCUUUAAUUUCAUUCAUUUUCAUUUUACAUUCAUAAUAAAGUAAUCUAGUAUCUAA